GUAUCGAUUAACGGUCACACUUGGCUCACUACACGUGCGGCUGCUGUUGUUUUUGCAACUUGCAGUUGUUUUUAAUGUUAUCAUCAACCUGUUGAGCUAUAUAUUGACAUAAACACAGCACAAUGUCAGCAAUAACAGCCGCCAGCAGAAACACAAAGCCCACGGAGCCUCAUAAGUCGUGGAAAAAGAUUAACGAGGAGCGAAAGGCACUCAAACGACAACGCAAGCAGGACAAAGCUCUUAAGGAUUUGCAGCGCGUGCAGGAUGAGGAAGCGGCUGCCAAAGAUGCCACCGAAGCAGCCAAAUCAGUAAAACCAAACCCGUCUACAGUAAGCAUUGCAGUGCCGGGCUCUAUACUGGAGAAUGCACAAUCCGCCGAGUUGCGUGCCUAUGUUGCUGGUCAAAUAGCUCGAGCUGCUUGUAUUUUCCGUGUCAACGAGGUGAUUGUAUUCGACGACGUGGGUGUUGCCACAGCGCGUGAAACGAAACGUAGCUACGAACAGGACGAUGCCCAAGGCAAUGCUUCGGCAACGGUUCGAAGUAGUUCACUGCAAUUGGCGCGUAUUCUGCAAUAUCUGGAGUGUCCACAGUAUCUGCGCAAGUAUUUCUUUCCGCUGCAUAAGGAUCUGAAGUACUCUGGUUUGCUAAAUCCAUUGGAUACGCCACAUCAUCUGCGGCAACAGAGCAAGUUUCGUUAUCGCGAGGGCGUUGUCUGCGACAAGCAAGCCAAGGAUGGUCACAGCUAUGCCAAUGUAGGCUUGUUGAACGAUGUGCUCAUCGAUAAGGCCCUGGAAGCUGGUGUACGUGUAACGGUUAAAAUGGAUCCACCAAGCGAGACAACGAGGAAGCAGCGUGGUACUUUGGUCAGUCCGGAUGAGCCACGUCGUGAAACUGGCGUCUACUGGGGCUAUCAGGUGCGCAUUGCACACUCGUUGUCGGAGAUAUUCACAAAAUCACCCUACGAUGGUGGUUAUGAUGUGACCGUCGGCACAUCUGAUCGCGGCACCAGCGUCCAUGAAGUUCCCAGCAAAUCGUAUGAAUUCAAUCAUAUGCUAAUUGUCUUCGGCGGUCUGCAGGGCCUGGAGGAGGCGCUGGCCAACGACGAGAAGCUUACGGUCGAUGAUCCGGAAAUGCUCUUCGAUCACUAUGUGAAUGUGCUGCCCAAACAGGGAUCACGAACAAUACGCACGGAGGAGGCGUUGCUCAUUGCGCUCGCCGCGUUGCAAGAGAAGUUGCAGCCCCAGCAUGCAGAUAUUGAGACCGACUUGAGUGAUCUGCUACCACGCAGCGAGGAUACUGGCGUAACCAUGCGGCGUGAUGUGCUGGUGAGCAAGAAAAAGAAGCGCAAACUCGAAGAGAAGCCUGAUAGCGAGGCGAUGGAAGCAAUAGAAGCUACGCCAGCUCCAGCUCCAACACCCUCUCCCAAGCCCGCUCCAAAGCCAGUUCCAUUGCAUGCAAAUCCAUUCAACGGCCGCGCCGCACAAGCAGCUCCGCCAUCUGCAGAGGAGGCAGAUUUUGAAGUAGUGUCCAGCACACUUGGUGUGGCAACUGAGGCGAAGUCGAGAGUGGCUAAUAAUGAGGAUUUGAGUCGAUUCGAUUGAGCCAACUUAGUUUUACAGUUUUCAAUUUAUUGAUUUUUACUAUAUAUUGUUAACUAUAUUGUACUCGCCCCUAACACACUUAAUAU